AUGGAUGUUGAUCGUUCAAUCGUUGUAGAUGUAGGUGCCAUCAACGGAGUCAUCGGGGCUCCGCCUGAGAGCGGCUCCGGAAGUCGUCCCACGGGUCCGGAGGUCCCCAAAACCCGGGCAUGUGCCAAUUGCGCCCGGCUGAAGAUGAAGUGUCGAUGGCCCGAGUCUGGGGCCGGUAAGGGGGACGCCGGUUGCAUAAGAUGUAACCGCAUGAAGAUUCCGUGCCAUGUGCCGGCACCGGUACGGCGGAAGAAGAGAGGCAAAUCAACAAGAGUGGCCCAGCUGGAGAAGAAGAUUGACGGGUUGGUGUCCAUGCUUGCGACGGGUCAGCACAUGCAGGCGUCUGGAACACCACCCUUGACUCCUGAAAGUAACGAUACCGGUAAGCCAAUUACGCGUGAAACUCCGCAGAUACCGCUCACUAUUCCGUCUGAGCCGGCAACUACUUUCCAGUUGAUCCCAGGCUUUAGCUUCACCUUUGAAGAGGUGCUUUCUUACUUUGACAUUUAUCGGCGCGAGUUUAUGCCUAACUAUCCUUUUGUCAUCAUCCCGGAGAAUCUUGAUCCCUGCGCUUUGUAUGCCUCGUCGCGAUGUCUGUUCUGGACCAUCAUGGCGGCGGUCACGCCGCAGUCGUCGGCUACUCAGCAAGGCGUUGAGAAUUGGUUUCGUCAGUAUAUUGCAGACAGAAUGGUUGUGAAGCAGGAAAGAAAUUUGGGAAUCUUGCAGGCUCUUCUCCUUCACUUGGCCUGGGGCGAUUUUCACUUCUACAUGAAUACGGAAGCGACAAAUUUUGUGCAUUUGGCAGUCGCCAUGGCUUUGGAUCUUAAACUGGACAGGUCUCCGGAGUCUACUAAGAUGCAUCCCAAGUCUCUCCUGGGAGAAGCCUGGGCAACGCUUAACAAGGGCCUGUCGAAGCCAAGACCACAUACUGCUGAUGAGAAGCGGGCAAUUUUGGGGCUUUACCACAUUACAUCACUCAUAUCUGCCCUGUUCAAGCGAGGCACCCAAUUUCCUUGGAACAACUAUCUUUCGCAGUGCUGCGAAUCCUUGGCCGAAUCUUCCUUGGAGUCUGACUUAUUUCUGGUUGCACUCAUUAAAAUGCAGCGCGUGGCUGAUCGUGCCUACGGCUUGCUGCCUACCUUUGAUGUGGUUGACGUUGGACUGAGUGCGUACUUGUCGCCUAUGGACAUGGUCAUUAACAAUGUUCGUCGAGAACUGUAUGACAUGAUAAGCAUGCAGCCAGAGUGUGUCAAGGAGAGGAACAUCUUCAAAGCGUAUUAUCAAGCCACUCUCAUGCGCCUCGCCGAGGCAGCAAUUCCCACGCAAUUCACUACACCCGUCGAAAUGGGCACAUUGAAUCCAGAACCGCUACAACGCUUCGAUACUCUUUGGAAAUGCCUUCUCGCCGCCGUCGACUUCUUCGACACGCUCUGCUCGUUUCAUCCCAACGAGCUGCCUGGUCUUCCCACCUCAGUUACGGGACUUCUCGCUUUUGCCAUUGUCACCAGCUCUCGUUUGCUCCUGUUAGACCCUUCAAUAGAUUGGCAGCCCACAAUGGCGCGCAGAAAACUCGAAUUUGCGGACGUGAUGAAGCGUCUCAGCGAUCGCUUCGAGGACGCAGAUACAUGGGCCAAGGAAGCUGGCCGCAGGCGCCGACUUUUAGAUGGCGGCGGCACCCAGUUUUGCAGACUCAGCUUCAAGCUUCGGUGGAUUCGCCAGUGGUAUCUCUCGCGGGUUCCUCAGGAGCAGCCGGUGAUGGCGGAGACACAGCCGCCUGGGGAGCCGCUCACGGAUCCGGAUGCUGUGUUUUGGCAGGAGUAUGAGUUUGAGGAUGCGCUUUGGCCGGACUUCAUGACCAUUUAUAAUCCAAACUUUAUAGCAGCUCCGACGACUGAGACAUGA